AUGACUAAGAAGCAACCAUUCACUGAUGCUAUCAUUCCACUGUCAUUCCUGGAUUCUCACGUUGGGCAUCUCAUUUACUAUCUCCACUAUGUGGCUAUCUACUCCUAUAUUCCCAGAUCAUCUACAAACAAAAGUGACAGCUAUAAACACCAUACAGCAUGCACGCGGCUUACAGCUGAAGAAGACGAUUGCUUCAUCGUAGACUUUUCCAAGAGACCGGGGUGCAAUGAUCCAGUUUUUGCUGAAUGUGGAGCUUCUACUGCUGCACAAUCACGCAAUGGUUACACAGCUGGCCUUCCACCGCAAUGCGGGGGACAUGAACCUAGAACAAUAAAACCUGACGCUAAGAUGGGAUCAUGGAAACUCCAACCUGACGGUGGCUAUAAAUACCCGGAAACGGCUUUCGGUGUUCCGAUAGCCCCUGGAUGUCCACUGGCCCCGGGUUCUCUACCCUAUCCUGAUCUACGCACAAGCGGCAUGCCAUUUCAACCAAGCGGUGAAGGAUACUAUCCAGAUGGUUCACAGCAACCGUAUCCAGCCGAUUGGCUGUGUGGUUUACCUUCCUCGGUACCUGCCGCAUCGUGUAGUUGUUCUCCUGUAACCGGAGUAACCAACAUAAGUCCUUCUGUGGGGGUCUCUUGUGCUCGUGAUCCACUCAAGAGAUUUAUGACCUGCCGCGGCGUGAAAAGUCUGAUCCAGCAAGCGUGGCGUCUACUCGCCCUGGGCCCAGACAAACGUUAA